CCACCCACCCAAAAAACAGCUGGUAUUGACGAAUGAUAACACAAAAGAGACCCUUUGUAGCAAAAUAUAAUUAUUUUACACCACAAUAAAACUUGUAAUUAAAAAAAAAACUUUAAGAAAAUGGGUUCGUUGUGCUCGUCAUGUUUUGGAGGCAAUGGUGAAUCAUCUAACCUGAUGCCAUCACCGGAAACUCGACGUCGUCAACAACUUGAAGCAGCAGAACGCCGACGAGAAGAAAAUGAACAUAGAGGCAUUAAAAACCCUGAUAGUGUUCGAAGACAACAGCAACGUGCAGAGGAUUUAGCUAGAAGAGAAGAAGAUGCUGCGCGAACAGGUGGCGGCGCACCAGCAUUAAAGUGGCAAGCAAACUAAGUAAAAAUGCUUAAGGGAGUUUCAGGAACUAACAGCUUUAAGCGCGUAUAAUUCUAAGUAUUCAAAUACGUAAACUUAUGUGCGUAUCAAAAGUGUUUAAAAUUUAAGACAGAUUUACACAUUGUUAUACAAAAUAUUAUACUAAGGGGGAACUUACAAUGCGAUAGAACGCUUUUCUAAAAAUUUUAAUAAUUGUUAAAACUCUUGUUCAUUUUUGUUAAUCCUUCGUAUGCGUUCUAAAGUAAUAUUGUUAAUAUACAUACUAUAUGAAUAUAAACAUAUAUGUACACAUAAUGUGCUGAUAAUAAGAUUUAAUCCCUCUUUUAAUUUUGUUAUUUCAUACAAAAAUAUUAUUUGUUUAUUAUAUUAUAUGUAUGUACAAA